AAACACCUGAGUGUCACAUGAUAACAGGCUACCAGGAAGAAUAAACAACAAACCGAAAGUUGAACAAAAUGGCUCAACCACCCACUGGAUGAGCUGCACAUGAAAAUUUGCUAGAAGUGGAAAUGUAGUUGAUGUGACCAACAUCUGAGAAUCAAGGAAUGGCUACUGCCACCACCCAAGCACAGGAGCUCAUCACCUGUGACCUAAACUGUGUCAAGCCCGUCCAGCAAUUCUGUAACAGCUGCCAAGUUGGUCUGUGUGAAGACUGCAUCAACAAACACGUCAAGAGCCUCAAGUCAAUGAAGCAUGACAUUGUUCCCUUCACAAAGCGCACAGUCCAGCUGGUGUUCCCUCAGUGUACAUCUCAUUCCCACCAGAGAUGCGAGGCCCACUGUCAAAAGUGUGACGUCCCGGUCUGCAUAAAAUGUCUCACAGGUUCACAUAAAGGUCAUGAUGUUGUGGACAUGGCAGACAUUAUUGCCAGAAAGAGAGAAAACAUUAAAAGAGAAACAGAAGAAAUUGAAAGCAGUAUCAUUCCAAAGAACAAGUCAUAUGAUGCAGAUGUUGAAAAGAAAAUUUCCAAAUCCAAGGUCCACUAUUCUGAUUUAGAAAAAGAAGCCAAAGAUAAAAGAAAGAAAUGGCACUUAGAGGUAGACAACAUCUUUGACAAACUUGAAUCACUGAUUCAAUCACUCAGAGAUCACGAAAUUACGAUACUGAAGUCAUCCCAGUCCCAACUCAGAAGUCAAAAUUCCAGUAUGACACAAACUGUUCAAGAAAACAAAGAAAUCCUGAAGUCCAACAACGUGUCUAAUGUCAACCAUUACAAAUCCAAACUGACUGAAUUCAGAGGCAUUCCACAAGUUCCUGAUGUAAUGUCACCCUCUCUCAAAACAAACACAGUCCAAGGGAGAGAACUCAGUCUAGAAUUAGGAGAAUACAGGGCCACACUGACACAGACAACAUUAUCACUACCCAGUCUGACAGAUGAAGUCCUCUAUUUAUCUGUUAAGGAAUUAUUAAAAGAAGCCAAAGUGAUUGCAAACAUUCCAACAAAUGUCGAAGAGUUACGCAGAGUAGCCUGUGUUGGAUCGGAUAGAGCUUGGAUGAAUGGAAGAGACAAAAUGAUACGAUGUGUUGACGUACAUGGAACUGUACAAGACACUGUCACCAGUACAUGUCCUGUGUACCCUAAUGACCUUACAGUGAACAGACAGGGACAACUGAUUUACAGUGAUGGUCGCAAUAGUAAUGUGAACAUUGUCAGACAUGGGAAGACAGAGACACUGAUCACCACACCAGAGGGCUGGAAGCCAGUGGGACUGUGUUGUACCAGAUCAGGGGACAUCCUAGUCAGUAUGGUUACUACUGAUAAAAGUCAUCACAAAAUUGUCUGUUAUCAGGGACAGAGAGUGACACAGGAAGUAGAUAAAGAUGAACACGGCAAUCCAAUUUAUCAAGGAGGGGAAUGGAAAAUGCUUGUGACAGAGAACAAGAAUGGUGACAUUGUGGUUUCUAAUAUUAAAGCUGCCACAGUGGUAGUGGUAGACAGGAGAGGAAAAGUCCGAUUCCAAUACAACGACAAACCACCGGGGGGACAGGAAGUAUUCAGUCCAAGAAAUAUAGUGACCGACUCCAUGGGUCACAUCAUUGUGGCAGAUGUUGGUAAUGCCUGUUUACACAUUCUAGAUCAGAAUGGACAAUUCAUUAAAUGUGUAAACAAUUGUGGAUUAAAUGAUGGGCCUGUUGGACUGAGUGUGGACAGUGAGGGCAGGUUGUGGGUAGGGUUGUACAAAUCAGGAGAAGUGAAAGUGAUCCAGUACAUGAAAUAAACACCCAGACAUUCGUGUAUAUUGACAUGUUAGCUGUCUGUGAUGCGUGGAUUUCCUUAAACUUUAAACUCUACAGCCUACAUAGCUUUACUCUAUACAUACUGAAGUUAUGGUGACCCUAAUAAAAACAUGAAAAUAACCAUAACAACUGUGUAGAUCAUUAAUGAGUGAUUAUAUUAUUGGAUUAAAUUAGUGCAGGCUCUAGUAAUAUUGGGUAACAUCGAACAGCAAGCUAACGCCAAAUAAAAUAAUAUAUGUGGUUCCGGUAACACAAGUUUAUCUACAGAGAAGGAGACUAAAUGAAGAUUUUGAGAAAUAUAAUAUACUUUCAUAAAGCCGUACCCAAGCACCAGGCCCCGGAAUCAUGAACGUCUCGAGUCAAACUCUACCGCUGUUUCCGACUCAAAUAUGAGAAUUUUUCUCAAAUUGGAGAGAUGAAUUUAAUUAGGUGUGCCACGAAAAUUAAGUCUUACUCAAGUUGAGACAAUUUUUGAGUUUUUCUAAAAAAAAAAAAAAAAAAGUUUGCUAAAUACAAAUUCAAGACCAAAAUGACUGUCAAUGAGACUUGUUCGGUGGAAUUUGAUGUGAAUUUCUGGUUAAAGUACUUGGGACAGGAGCAUUAAUUCCGCAGGAUGUUUAGUUCGAGGACAAGAUUUCCCAGUGUUAGCACAUUUGUACAUCAUACAAUCAUGUAGAUAUCUUUUUAUAUGUGACUUGAUAUCCAAUGAUUUGAUUUAUGAAACAGAGAAAAACUUUAAUGUAGACCUAAUUUUCUCCAAAUUAUCAUGCAGUAUUGUAAAUAUGUUUCUAAUUUCAUUUUGGUAGUGUUGUUUAAUACUUGUACUUGAUUGACACCCGUGAUCUAGAUUGUUCUGGACGUUCAAUGUUUAUCACUUCAGUAGAAAGACGAUGUAACACUGAUUACAUAACUGUGUCUUUCAUGAAUGUUCCGGAGACUUCAUUUUUAAUAUAAAUACACUGUGAAUUCUAUGAUGUUAAGCUUUGGUAGACAAGCACUUUAAGGAUUGUGAUCAAACGCAUUUUUUGAUAUAUUUGUGGAACAAUAGGAAUUAUUCUGAAUGGAAUUAACAGCUGAUUUGUGAGUUUUGUGUGUCAAUUUAGCUCGGCAUUCAAACCCACGACAAAAAUAUUAGGGGUGAAACGAUGCAUCGCGAUGCGGCCAAAUCGCGAUGGAGUGGUUUCAAUUCGAUGUUCAAUUUAUUCGGGGUCUGUUUUGGUUCGAUAUGGUUCAAAAAUCAUAGCACACAUUGCUUUUGAUAACACGGUUUCUGAUUAGCCAAUGGAAUUGAAAAUUGCCCAAUCAACAUACGAGGUAAACUUAGCUGUAUCAAAAUGGAUGCAGUCUAGUUGAAAAAUGCACCCCCAAUGUAUAAAUCCUGGGUAUGGCGACAUUUCGGCUUUAGGACAAGUGAUAAGAGUGUUGCUUUAUGUUAAACGUUUUUACAUUAUGUAGAAUUUAUUUGCAGAGAGCAAUAAUACAAUGAAACAUAAAAAAUCUUAGCAUCAUAAAGAAUUUGGUACAUGCUAUUGUAUCAAAUCGAGACUAAAGUAUCGAAAAUCAAAUCGAAUCGAGAAGGUACUGUAUCGUUUCACCCCUAAAAAAUAUUAUUAUUGCAUACUUAGCAAAGUUAGUAUUUUGUCAUUGUUAUAAUAUUUCUUUCAAUAAUUGUAAAUAUAUUGUGUUUUAAUUGUCUUUGUUAUUGAAUUCUGCUGAGUUAUUAUGGGUAAUCUCUGACCCACAAUGAUAACAACGAUCAGACAUGUAUUACAUGCAUAUAUGUGUCACUGUACUUCAAAUUCCUCAUAUCAAGAACUGUGUUUUACGAAUUUUUAAGUGAUUGUUCUGACAAUAAAGUGGAGGAUCC